AUGAACGGACACGCGCAAUCCGAGACGCGUUUUGACGUGGUCAUCGUUGGUGCCGGCAUGUCCGGUGUCAACGCCGCUUACCGCCUCCAAGAUGAGCUCCCAGGCUACAGCUAUACCAUUCUGGAGGCUCGGGAUGACCUGGGUGGUACCUGGGACCUGUUCAAGUACCCUGGAAUUCGAUCGGACUCGGACUUAUUCACCUUCGGCUUUUCCUUCAACCCCUGGAGCAGUAGAAACCCCAUCGCCGACGGCAAAUUGAUCAAAAAUUACAUCGGUGACACUGCCAAAAAGUACGGUAUCGACAAGAACAUUCAGUACCGUCACCGUCUGUCGGCUGCAAAUUGGUCCAGUGAGGAUAAUUACUGGUCCCUGAAUGUCGACCAUGAUGGUACUGCCAAGACCAUCAAUGCCCGGUUCAUCCUGUUUGGUUCCGGCUACUACAACUAUCAUGAGCCGCUGCAGACCACUAUCCCUGGAAUUGAAAACUUCCAGGGCCAAAUAAUUCACCCACAAUUUUGGCCCGAGGAUCUGGAUUACGCCGGCAAGAAGGUUGUCAUCAUUGGCAGUGGUGCCACGGCCAUCACUCUACUCCCUAAUCUGGCCGCAAAGGCCGAGCGCGUCACCAUGGUUCAACGCAGUCCCACGUAUAUCCUCUCUCUCCCGAACCGCGGCGGCAAUUGGCUUCUUCGUUGGAUCCUCCCCUCAAAAACAUACCACAGCCUCCUACGCCAGAUGUGGAUCAUUCAGACCCGAAUUUUCUUCCUUUUUUGCCAAGGUUUCCCCAAUGUCGCUCGCUGGAUCCUCAAGCGCAGAGCCAGCGCCCAACUGCCCAAUCAUAUCCCCCAUAACCCACACUUCCAACCUCGCUACAACCCCUGGGAUCAACGGCUCUGUGUCUCGCCAGACGGUGACUUUUACGCCAGUUUGCGUAGCGGCAAAGGCGACAUUCGCACCGACACCAUCAAGACAGUCACCAAAAAGGGCCUCACCCUCAACUCAGGCGAGACUCUCCAUGCAGAUAUUAUCGUCACCGCGACAGGUCUCAAGCUUCAGAUCGCCGGUGGUGCUUCUCUAAGCGUCGACGGCAAGAAGAUUGACCCUGGCUCCAAAUACAUGUGGCAUGGAGUCAUGCUCCAGGAUCUGCCAAAUGCCUCUUUUAUCAUUGGGUACACCAAUGCCUCAUGGACUCUCGGUUCGGACGCAACUGCCCAGUUCGUGGUUCGCAUGAUCAAGUCUUUGGAGGCUCGGAAGCUUGUGGCUGCUACGCCACGUGUGAAGGCAGAGGACAUUGCGACACUUCAACAACGGCCGCUAAUGAAAUUGAGCUCCACUUAUAUCUCCGCUUCGAACAAUGUCUUGCCAAGGGCGGCUGAUCGGGGUCCGUGGCAGCCGCGUGACCAUUACUUCAAGGAUGUCAAGUUCGCUACCAAAGGUAACUUUGACGACAGCAUGGAGUACGUGCAAGGACCGAGCGUGCAUCUUCGUGCCAAGAUGGCCUGA